AGAAAAGAAAAACUGCAAUCUGCAAGGGCAGAGACAAGUUGUAACUUGUUACCUGUUGUUUUACCUGUUAAAAGAAAAAAACUUAACCAAAGAGAUAAUGGCUAAAACAAGUGAAAAAAAAACAAAAAGUGCCAUCAAUGAAGUUGUAACACGUGAAUACACUGUUAAUCUUCAUAAACGUCUCCAUGGUAUUGGUUUUAAAAAACGUGCACCACGUGCAAUUAAAGAAAUUAAAAUAUUUGCUGAAAAACAAAUGUUGACACCAGAUGUUAGAAUUGAUACAAGACUCAACAAACAAUUAUGGUCCAAGGGAAUCAGAAAUGUUCCAUUUCGUGUUCGUGUACGUUUGAGCAGAAGAAGAAAUGACGAUGAAGAUUCACCCAAUAAAUUGUACACUCUUGUCUCAUAUGUACCAGUUGGAUCAUUCAAAGGACUCCAAACUGAAAAUGUCGAUGAAAAUCUUGAAUAAAAUAAAUAUCAUUGAAUAAAUAAUA